AGAGUUAUAGCAUGUGACCGUGAAAAAUGUUCAACCUCAAAUUGGAAACGAGACGUAAGUCAACAAAGUCGUAUAUACGUAUAUGUAUACGUAUAUAUGUGAGCAAAACAUACCGAAAUGUUUGACAAAGAGUAGCUCCAACUACGACUCAAUCAGUGCGUUUAAAGAACAGUCCUUAAAGAUGCUUAAGGCAGAAUAUCAUCUAAAAUGUAAACUAUUUAUCGCGAUACGCAGUCUUGAACAUCAAAGUGAUCCGCUAUGGGUAAUGAUCCGGUAAUGGUAACUUGACUUUAUUCCCUUUAGACAUACGAUUUGACUCGCGUGACCAUUGCCGUGGAUGUUUUUCGAUGCCAACCCAGAUUGCACUUCUGGUGAUACUAAUAUUAUAUUGUGAUCGUCGCACUCGCACAGUUCAAUGGAUGUAAGAGAUAAUUUAAUAUGAUUAUAAUUCCCGCGGCAACUUUUGACCGUUUUAUCAAGUUGGACAUCUUGUUAAAUACACAUCGAUAAAUAACAGAUUUAUUCGUCCAGAGUAUCUCAUAUUUGACCUUUCUCGCGGCAGUACGUUAAAUCUUAAAUAAAUAAAGCUUUUGAGGCCCGUUUGAGAGUAUUAACUUACCAACAGUAUUCAAAUAGUAUUUAUAAACACAAUGGUGAAUAUGGACGACAUCUAGACUGUGAGACUGUUUGCAGAAGUGAUUUUAGCUAGUGGUAUUUCCAUAACCGGUAUUGUGGGAAAUUUCUCUAUAUUCUCGCUGACACAUGUCUGAUAUAACAAGUAUUACAACUGCAAUCAAGAAAGAUCACAUAAAGGAGCUUUUAAAUUCGUAAACAAUUAAAUAACGUCGUUUAUCAUUAUGAUUUAUAGUAUGCACAAUAGUGUUAACCUUGACAGCACCCAUGCACGUCUUUUAUUUGCAUAAGCGAACGCAUGUAUGUGAUGAUUUUUAACGCAUCCAAAUGGGCAAUGCUGAAGUGCCAAAAAGACACACGUGUGUAUGAAAACAUAGGAUUGUUAAUUUAUUUUGGUAACUUUGAAUGCAUAGAUCGGUUCUGUGUGUUAACACGUGUUAGCCUUUCUCUCAACUUAAUGUUCCUAGGGGUUUGUUUUCCGAAUACACAUACUCAAUGAAAGUUUCUUCCAUGCGGUAGAAGGCAAACUUCUGCCACAUAUUAAACACGAUUUAAAUAUUCAAUGCUCGUUAGCCCAUAAUUAUUUUCGAUUCGAUUAAGCAGCCCCUCGAUGGUAUGUUCAAUUAAAAAAAAUAUGUUGACCUGAAAUGUACCGUGGCCAUAUGAUGUCCAUCAUAAAACGAGGUUUAUUACACACGUUAACUAUACAUGUAUCUAGUUAUAAAUGGGUAUAAAAUAAGCAAGAGACAAACGAUUAUAUCCUCAAAAAGUUGUGUUCGAGCCAACUUCAUUGAUUACUGACCUGUUUCUACUUUUUUGUAUUGAAAUCCAAUUCACUCUAUCAGCGUUUUUAUUUUAAAAUCUAACGAGAUUAGACGGGCCUUCAAAAUGAUCGGCAAGUAUUUAAAACGUGGCAUAUCCAGGUUUUUUUCAGUUGCCGUUGUACUUGCCUGUCUGAAAACAUAAUCGAACACUGGUUUGCAACCAUGAGGUUUUGGGCUACAGUUGUGCUAUUUGUCUGCGUCUCUGCUAGUGUUGCUGCUCUUCUGAGUCAUCGACAUGUUGUGAAAGGGAGCACUGUCCCUCCAACAACAACGAGUCUCACCAAUGUCACAAGCACCUGGCCUUACGGAUUUAUGGAAUUUGCCUCCCUGUGGGCUAAAUGUCGCGAAUGGCAGCUUUUUAAUCCUAGCAAAGCCACGGAUGGAGCAAAUCGGUCGGAGAUGGGGUCGAUAGGAAUUGCUUGCACCGGUCUGCUCGACGCAAUGAAAGACAUGAAGACGGACUCUGGACCAGAGAAGGAGGAGACCGUCAUGGCAGAGUUUAAUGCAAAUUUCCCACUUUUACAGUGUACAAAUCUUCAGAUUAAUCGUGAAGAAAUCAUGGCUGUCCUAGAACACGACACUAACGCAAUCAACGAUGAUCCAUUUCUUUCAAUGACUGCCCGCCUAGCUGAAAUGUGCGACUCGGAAUUCAAGGCGUACGCUGAUCAGAAAAAGAUAAAUCGACCCCAGAAACGUAAUUGGUGGAACGUUAUCAAUAUCGUCAAUAUCGCAGCCAGCAUUGUAGCAGCCAGCAUGGUAGCAAUAGGACGUUAACCCAUUCGGCCAUUGGGCCUAUAACCUAUUUAUGCCUAGCGUUUAGAAAAAAGGCAUUAGAAAACAGCGUAGACCCAGAUGAGACGCCGCAUGAUGCGGCGUCUCAUCAGGGUCUGCGCUGAUUGCUUGAAGGGAUUUCUGUAAGAAAGAUUCUAAAUAUAUCAAUAUCAUUAUUAUUAUUUUUUUAUCAUUAUUAUUAUUAUUAUUAUUAUUAUUACUAUUAUUAUUAUUAUUAUUUUUUAUUUUUACUAUUAUUAUUAUUAUUAUUAUUAUUAUUAUUAUUUAAUAACUAUUAUUAUUACUAAAUUAUUGUUUAAGCACAAAUGCUAUUCUUGAAAUCCAAUGUUAAUUUUUAUCUCUCCCAUUUUGCGAACUUAAUUUAAAACUUACAAACAAUCAAUGUCACUGUUAAAACUGUUAAUUGAUUCAAACUGUUUAUAUUAAUAUGACUUCCCCCUAUACCAAAAUGCCCCACACUUGAAUCGGAAACAAACUAUGUAUUAUGUACUGUGUAUAUUAUAUGUUCCCCAUGUUGUAUCUAUGUAUACCUGGAAGUAAUAAAGUUUUGUUCUGUU